GUCACCUAAAAGGAGAAAAAUGAUUUAUUUUGUGUAUAAACCCCUAAAGUAAAGUGACAAAAAAGAAGGAAGAUUUACACUCGAAUUUAGACGAAUUAUUGUUACACUCCAUUGCUUAAGCCGGCUUAAGAACGAAGAAAGCUAAGAUUGCAAGUGAGAAAUUGUGUUCCUAGCAUUGGGCAACAGUUUAUCAUGGCGUUGGAGAGCAAGGAAGAAGAUUCAUGUGAAGUGAAUAGGAAUCUGUAUCCUCCAAUUGAGACUUAUAGUUCUGGGUUCUUCAAGGUUUCAGAUAUUCACACCAUUUAUUGGGAGCAAUCUGGGAAUCCAAAUGGGCAUCCAGUUGUCUUUCUUCAUGGUGGUCCAGGUGGUGGAACUUCUCCAAGUAAUAGAAAGUUCUUUGAUCCCGAAUUUUACAGAAUUAUCCUCUUUGAUCAGAGAGGUGCUGGCAAGAGCACACCUCAUGCUUGUUUGGAGGAAAAUACAACAUGGGAUCUCAUAGCAGACAUAGAAAAGCUUCGAGAGCACUUGGAAGUUCCUGAAUGGCAGGUCUUUGGUGGUUCAUGGGGAAGUACUCUGGCUCUUGCAUACAGUCAGUCUCAUCCCGACAAGGUCACUGGCCUGGUCCUUAGAGGGAUCUUUCUCUUGCGCAAAAAAGAGAUUGAUUGGUUCUAUGAAGGGGGUGCUGCUACUAUAUUUCCUGAUGCUUGGGAACAAUUCAGAGAUCUUGUUCCUGAAAGUGAAAGGGGAUGUUUUGUUGAUGCUUACCACAAGAGGUUAAAUUCAGAUGAUAAGGAAACACAGCUGGCUGCUGCAAAAGCAUGGACCACAUGGGAGAUGAUGACAGCCCAUCUUAUUCCUAAUGAAGAUAACAUCAAGCGAGGGGAUGAUGAUGAUUUUUCACUGCCAUUUGCUCGUGUAGAAAACCAUUAUUUUAAGAAUAAAGGUUUCCUUCCUUCUGAUUCAUUCCUGCUUGAUAACAUUGACAAAAUAAGGCACAUCAAUUGUACUAUUGUGCAGGGUAGAUAUGAUGUCAUUUGCCCAAUGAUGUCAGCUUGGGAUCUCCACAAAGCUUGGCCAGAAGCUGACUUCAAGGUGGUCCUUAAUGCGGGUCAUUCAGCCAAUGAACCCGGAAUAUCUGCCGAACUUGUUGCUGCAAAUGAGAGGCUAAAAAGGCAUUAUCAAGGCAAAUAGGGAAAAUUACAGUCAGAUUCUUACUAUCGUGCUGCAUUAUAAAACACUUGACUGGGAAAUGUUAAAGAAUUGUGAGUUCUGCUCUCACCUCUGAGGCCCAAUAACAUGUUUCUGCAGGAAAGCAGAUUUGGCAAUUCCAGAGCUCUUCUCCGACUUCAACUCUACUCCCUUUAAUGUCUUGUAUCUGCUCUUGAUUGGUUUCUGAAGGGCCAAUUUAAAGAAAACUCUUAUCAGAAAUAAUGUCUGCGAAAAUAACCUCUUGAAAAAACACCAGAAAACCCGCUAUUCAAUAGCAAUGAAGGAUUAGACUUACAAGUUUGUCGUCAUCUUUUUUGCCUCCUUUGUCUUUGUUGUCAGAUGCUCCCUAAUGAUGGGAAGAAGUGUUAGCGCCAACCCAUACUGUGUAAUGAGCAAAUUCAAUGUGCGUUAACUAACACGAGUGGAAACAUUUACCUGUGAGUUUUCACUUGUAGUUGAUGAAAUUUCUGGGAAUUAACUUUUCUCUCUAGGGUUGCCUCUUUCAGAAUUCCUCUUUCCUGUACAGGCAAGCGAUAAUGAAUAAUCAAAAUGGUCAACGGGAAAAAUUUAAAUAAAUGAAAUUUUGUGAA